AAACGCUUCCGGCGUGUCCACGUCGGCCUUCGGCGCGUGCCCGGGAUUCGUUCCUCCCGCGCUCUCCGGUGGCCGGCGCUGUCCCCUCGGCCGCACGACUUCGCGGGCGCGCGUGGAGCGCAGGCCCCGCCACCAUGAGCAGCAGAGAAGGACCGGGAGGGUUCAGGAAGAGGAAGCAUGACAACUUCCCACAUAGCCAGAGGAGAGACGGCAGAGACGUCAGUUCGUCUUCACCCGUCAUGUUGGCCUUCAAAUCGUUUCAACAGGAGUUGGAUGCAAGACAUGACAAAUAUGAGAGACUUGUGAAACUAAGUCGAGAUAUAACUGUUGAAAGUAAGAGGACAAUUUUUCUUCUCCAUAGGAUUACAAGUGCUCCUGAUAUGGAAGAAAUAUUGGCUGAAUCAGAAAUUAAGUUGGAUGGUGUCAGACAGAAAAUAUUACAUGUAGCCCAAGAACUCUCAGGAGAAGACAUGCAUCAGUUCCAUCGAGCCAUUACUACAGGGCUCCAGGAGUAUGUGGAGGCUGUUUCUUUUCAGCAUUUCAUCAAAACACGUUCACUAAUCAGUAUGGAAGAGAUCAAUAAACAAUUGACAUUUACAACAGAAGACAGUGGGAAAGAAAACAAAACUCCCUCCUUGGAUUCCCAGGAUAAGCAGCUUGUCACUUGGAGACUGAAAAUCACACCUGUUGAUUACCUGCUGGGAGUGGCCGACCUAACAGGAGAACUGAUGCGGAUGUGCAUUAACAGUGUGGGGAAUGGGGACAUUGACACCCCCUUUGAAGUGAGCCAGUUUUUACGCCAGGUUUAUGAUGGGUUCUCAUUUAUUGGCAACACUGGGCCAUAUGAGGUUUCAAAGAAGCUGUAUACCUUGAAACAGAGUCUGGCCAAAGUGGAGAAUGCUUGCUAUGCCCUGAAAGUCCGGGGCUCAGAGAUUCCCAAACACAUGCUGGCAGAUGUGUUCUCAGUUAAAACAGAAAUGAUUGAUCAGGAAGAGGGCAUUUCUUAGGCUUGGAGACAAAGUUAUACCACCCCGCUAUUCCCCUUGGAACUCCCAAGAGACCAGUUUGUGAGACUGUUAUUUAGUGUUACUGCAUUUGACUUUAGUGUGGCUUUUACGUAGACGUGUUUCCACUUAUACUAGUUUGAAGCCAUGUACAGGCUGUGUAUAAAUUUAUCCAGAUGAUGUUUGUUAUUCAUGAAGGUUUGCAUAUAUGCCUCAGUUGGUUAACGUUCAUUUUUCUGUUAUGUGAACGUGCUUCAGAAACCUCUGGGCUUGAGCUUCUUGUUUAAGUUCUUGGUAAUACUGUGCCAAGCCUUCGAAUUUGACUCAGUCUGUGAAAUAAGGAUUAAAAUUUGGUAAUCUCUCAGUAUUUUUAAGUACAACUUUUGUUCAUAUUAUAGUGAGAGCUCAUGUAAAAUUCUGGCCCGUUUUAGGCCACUCUGAAUUUAUAGCCUUCCAUAAAAACUAACCCAAAUGUUAGUUUCUCCACUUAGUUUCUGUUGUUUUUCACAGAUCUGAUGGGGAUUGAAGCUCACAUUGUAUUAUUUUCACCGGUCAGGUUGAGCUGGAUUAUGUGCUUGUUUGUAUGUAAAGCUGGAAAGCUUUCAGUACUGACAAGUUAGCAGGGUUUUUGUUACUAGGCAUGUUUGGAAGGUUUCCUGUUGUAGUAUCUCUUAGAAAUCAUAUUUAAACAAAUACAAUGAUACUUUAAACACUAAGUUAAUUCAAACUUGUAUAUUUGUCCAUGGUGUUAAUUGAUAAAGUUGCCAAAGAAAAUGUAUCAUAUAUAAUUCAGCAAUAAGACAGUUGUCAGCGCAGUUGCCAGGAGCACCGGUCGUCUCGAGCAGCCUUGUGAUUGAAGUUGCCGCCUGAAUCAGUCAUAGAUGAUUGUGAUGUGCAGCCGGCUUGAGCAUGACCCUGCUGGCUGAACACCACACAUUUCCUAUUGGUCUUAGGAAUUUUCAGAACCUAGAUACUGGGUUUUAUUUUUGGAAAUAUGUCUGGUUGUAAUAGGGGCCGAUUCUUUUAAAAUGUACUUUUCUAAGAAAUCUUACCUAAGGGAAAUAAAAUGGUGACAUGCCUGCUAAGCUGGAGUGCUGGUUUGGUGGUGGGGAUCGGUCUCCUUGCGCUGAGGCACUGCUUCCUUAGUUAGUCCCCUUGCAGUUUUUUUUUUUUUUUGUUUCUUCUACCAGUUCAAGUUAAAUUGAUAAUGUUAAAAGUAAAAUAAGGACGGAUUGAUGAAUGUUUUACAGAUACUCAAACAAGUUUUGAAUAAACUAUUAAAAUACA